GACGUCUAGCUUGAGGGCUUCCCCACACUUUACAUAUAGAAAGAUGGCGACAGGGACUGUAUUGGCGACGUCGGUGAGCAAUGGCGGAGGGAAUAGUUGUUGCAAGUCCGGUCCGGGUUACGCAAGCCCUCUCGCAGCCAUGUCCGGUCCACGGGAAAAGCUCAUAUAUGUCACUGCCCUCUACUCCGGAACGGGGCAAGAGAAACCGGACUACUUGGCUACGGUAGAUGUGGAUCCAAACUCACCAACAUAUUCAAGCGUCAUUCAUAGACUGAAAAUGCCUUAUAUAGGCGAUGAGCUUCAUCACACUGGUUGGAACUCAUGUAGCUCUUGUCAUGGUGAUGCUUCUGCUGAUAGACGUUUCCUCGUAUUACCAGGCUUAAUAUCUGGUCGCAUAUAUGCGAUUGACACAAAGACAGACCCAAAGGCCCCGUCCUUGUAUAAAGUUGUAGAGCCUAAAGAGAUUUUAGAGAAGACCGGAUUGGCCUUCCCCCACACGUCUCAUUGCCUUGCCACGGGGGAUAUGUUGGUCUCUUGCCUUGGUGACAAAGAAGGAAACGCCAAAGGGAACGGGUUUCUCCUUCUUGACUCUGAUUUUAACGUCAAAAGCAGGUGGGACAAACCAGGGCAUAGUCCAAUGUUUGGGUAUGAUUUCUGGUACCAACCUCGUUUCAACACGAUGAUCAGCACAUCUUGGGGAGCACCUAAAUCAUUCUCCAAAGGUUUCAAUCUCCAGCAUGUUGCUGAUGGCUUGUAUGGAAGUCAUUUACACGUUUAUAAAUGGCCAGAAGGUGAAAUGAAACAGAUUAUUGACCUUGGUAAUACUGGUCUCUUACCCCUUGAGAUUAGAUUCUUGCAUGAUCCGUCUAAAGAUAUAGGGUAUGUUGGGAGUGCCUUGUCAAGUAAUAUGAUAAGAUUUUUCAGGAACAGUGAUGACACAUGGAGCCAUGAGGUAGUUAUAUCUGUUAAACCCCUGAAAGUAGAAAACUGGAUUCUUCCAGAAAUGCCAGGGCUUAUCACUGACUUCUUGAUCUCCCUCGAUGAUCGUUUUUUCUACUUUGUGAACUGGCUUCAUGGAGACAUACGUCAGUACAACAUCGAAGACCCUAAGAACCCUGUCUUAACCGGACAAAUUUGGGUAGGAGGAUUACUACAAAAUGGCAGUUCUGUUAAGGCUGUUAGAGAGGAUGGUAGCACUUACCAGUUUGAUGUUCCUCAGAUCAAGGGGAGAUCACUAAGAGGAGGACCACAGAUGAUUCAACUGAGCCUUGAUGGGAAGAGAUUGUAUGCAACAAACUCACUGUUUAGCGCGUGGGACCGUCAGUUUUACCCGGAACUCAUGGAUAAAGGAUCACACAUUAUUCAGAUUGAUGUUGAUACAGAGAAAGGUGGUCUAUCCAUAAACCCUGAUUUCUUUGUUGACUUUGGUGAUGAACCAGAUGGUCCUGCGCUUGCCCAUGAGAUGAGAUAUCCAGGUGGUGACUGCACUUCCGAUAUAUGGAUUUGAAAUUGGAAGAGUGAGUUCGUUGUCUUAUGUUUAAAUUGUGUAUUUAGAGUUGUUAUGUGUGAGCUGAAUAAAAAGCCAAGUAAUCGUAAUGGUGCUUUGUAAAAAAAGAUUUUACAUUUUGAACCUGGAUAAGACCUACGCCUUGCGGAAGGUGAAGGUAUGUAAUUAAAAUAUAAAAUUUUAGUAUUGACAAAUU